GGGCUCAAGCGGUGAUGGACCUUAACACAGACGCAAGCAGCCUCGAGUCCCAUGUACCAGACCGCGCACCCAGCACACUGCUGGGGUGCUUCCAUCCAGCCGGGAGGCCGCCUGCAACUGAGGAAUGAGUGCCACAUCAGCCACAAGCCAUGCCUUGCUACCACUGCUUGGGCCCGAACAAGAGGACCAAGAGGGCUCUGAGACACACAUGUCUGUUUUGUGGUAUGCAGGGCAGCUGGCAAUUACUUAUUAUGAUACAGAAGAUUGCUCAGUCUACUUCAUGCCUGAGAUACCUGAUAAUGAAGACCUCAAGCUACUGCAAAAAGUGACUGGGGAACUUAAUCCUCAAUGCAUAGUGACCAGUGCAAAACAGGACCAGAAUAUUGCCAAAUUCCUGACCAACCUAACAGCUACUGCUGGUGAUAAAGACAUUGGAAAACCAGAAAUUGUCCUGUUUCCUAAUGUAGAUUUUGGUCUAGAAGUCAGCAAGCAAAGGAUCCUAUCUAGGCAAUUUCCAUUUAUCCCAUCUCAUAUGACUGAAACAGAGAAAAUUCUCUACUUGUCCUCAGUCAUCCCUUUUGAAAGCCCACUCAUGAUACGAGCCUUAGGGGGCCUCCUUAAGUUUCUAGACAGGAGAAGGGUUGGAGUUGAGCUUGAAGACAGCAGUAUAGCAGUUCCUAUUUUGGCCUUUAAAAAAUUUGUGCUGUCAGAUACUGUGAGUAUGGACCAAGACACUUACUGUGUCCUGCAGAUAUUUAAAAGUGAUAUCCAUCCUUCUGUGUACAAGCUGUCCAGUGGACUAAAAGAAGGAUUCAGCUUAUAUGGAAUUUUAAACCGCUGCAGAUGCAAAUGGGGAGAAAAACUUCUGAGGCUGUGGCUCACACGACCUACUCGGAACUUGGCAGAGCUGAACAAACGGCUAGAUGUUAUCAGCUUCUUCCUGAUGGCUCAGAACCAUGAAACAGUCCUCACUCUUCAAAACUGCCUCAAGAAUAUUAAAAAUGUGCCUCUUAUUCUAAAAAGAAUGACUCUUUCCAACACAAAAGUUAGUGACUGGCAAGCACUCUAUAAAACAGCAUACAAUGCGCUGUGCCUUAGAGACACGUGUCGUUCUCUGCCCAACACUAUUGAACUUUUUCAGACUAUUUCACAUGUCUUCACUGAUGAUCUGCACUACAUUGCUAAUCUAAUCAGCAAAGUGGUAGACUUUGAAGGCAGCCUCUCAGAGAACCGCUUCACUGUUAGACCCAAUGUGGACGCCACUAUUGAUGAGAAGAAACGAAAGCUGAUGGGAUUGUCAGACUUCCUUACAGAAGUGGCACGAAAAGAACUGGAGACUUUGGAUGAUCAUAUUCCUUCCUGUUGUGUGAUCUACAUUCCUUUGAUUGGGUUCCUUCUCUCCAUUCCACGGCUACCAGAUAUGGUGGAAAAGAGUGACUUCGAAAUUGAAGGCCUGGACUUCAUGUUCUUGUCAAACGAUAAACUGCACUACAGAAGUGCUCGGACUAAGGAGCUAGACAGCCUGCUGGGUGACUUGCACUGUGAGAUCAGAGACCAGGAAACACUUAUCAUGCACCAGCUGCAGACAAAGAUCUUGGAGAAGUCUGAAGUACUUAACAAUGUGAUUGAGUACACUGCACACCUAGAUGUGCUCCUAGCUUUGGCAGCGAUGGCCCGGGAGAACGGCUACUGCCGACCUCACUUUACUCACCGCCACGGCUUCCACAUCAAGGAUGGAAGACAUCCACUCAUGGAACUGUGUGCAAAGACUUUCGUGGCCAAUCCUGUGAACAGUGGUGAGGCUACCAGACGAAUAAAGAUCAUCACAGGGCCCAACUCAUCUGGAAAGAGUGUUUACUUAAAGCAAGUAGGUCUUAUAGUAUUUAUGGCUCUAAUUGGCAGUUAUGUCCCUGCAGCAGAGGCAGAGAUUGGAGUAAUUGAUGGCAUUUACACAAGAAUCCACAGUAGGGAAUCGGUUUCUGUAGGGCUCUCCACUUUCAUGAUUGAUCUUAACCAGGUUGCAAAGGCCGUAAACAAUGCCACAGAGAGGUCCCUGGUACUUAUUGAUGAGUUUGGUAAAGGGACAAACACACUGGAUGGCUUGUCCCUUCUGGCUGCUGUCCUGAGGUACUGGAUCAGACAAGGAACACAGUGUCCACAGGUCUUUGUCUCCACUAAUUUUCACAGUUUAAUGCAGCUAGAACUCCUGCCUGACACACCUCUUCUGGAGUAUCUGACCAUGGAGACCCACCAGGAUGGAGAUGAGUUGAUAUUUUUCUAUCAGAUCAAAGACGGCGUGUCCACUGUUAGUCAUGCUGCCAACAUUGCAGCAUUAGCAGGAAUGCCAGCCAAAAUUAUUGAAAGAGGAGUGGAAAUAUCAGAACUGAUUCGCAAUGGAAAACCUAUCAAAUGUCUUGAUCAUCCUUCAAAAGGAGAUCGGGUGGAAAAAUGCAAGUCUGUUGUAGAAAAGUUUCUUUGCUUAGACCUUGAUGAUCCCCAUGUGGACUUGGAAGAGUUCAUGAGGAAGGAGGUGCUACCUUCUGCAGCCUCAGUCCUGUAACGGGUAUGUGUAAAUGCAUAGUUGCAUCUUAUCCACUAUGUUCAGUAGGAAAGUCUGGUAAUUUAAAGAAUGCUUACUGUGACAUAACACCUCACAGUACAUUUAGCUUUUAACAAACUGUCUAUAGUUAAAGCCUUCCUUCUUCUUGUUGUUUAAAGCAAGUACUUCAAUAUGGUGUACCAUAUGAGUGUAGAAAGAGGGAAAGAAGAGAAUUUAAGAACCUCUUUCAGCUCUUGGGUCACCCAGUUUGUGCAUUUUUUGUCCCUGUUAGAACCACAGAUUAAAAAAAUAUACUGUAGAAAAAUCACAACACAUUUCUGCUGGUCUUAGAAGACUGUGAAAGCAAAAUGCUUAUUGUUUUGUAUUGUGCUAAAGCCAUUUUAGGAUCAGCAUCAAAGAUUCCAAAUAAGUAUGUGCCUCAGAUGCUCGUAUCAGCAAGUAAGUGGGUUGCUCCCACUUCUGAGUAGGUAGAUAAGUCCUUUAAUCUAAGAAGCUGAGAGCGGUACAGUAAACCAUAUAGCUCUUUUCUAAUGAACUUUAUUUCACACUUUUAUCCUUUAUUAAUACCUGUUUCCAAGUUUUUUGCAUUUACCAUUUUUAGCUUAAUGCUGUGCCUUCAAAGUGAAAAGCUUAUUUCUUGAGAUCUUUCCUAGUUCUGAAUUCUCAAACUCCUUGUUUUGUAAAUAUGGUUUUAACUCUGGGGAAGUUAAAAUCUUUUCAGAAUAAAUGCAUUUCAAACUGCCUAAAGUUAUAUUACGGUUUAAAAAAAAGAUUUUUUUCCCCCCAAAAGAUAAAUUUGGUGGAAUUUAGAUCUCAUUGUGAGGAGAGUGACUUAAAAGAAUAUUGCCUCAAAUAAGGAAACUUACAUUUAAAAAUUAAUAUAGUUAUAAAGCUAUAGCUGAGAACUGUACUGAUCCACUUUACUACUGUUUGGUCUUUCAUAUGCUUUCACAUGUAAUUUUCAUUCAUUCCCCCUUUCUUGCUUUUCAUAUUCUUGUAUGAUCUCAAAAUGCAACUAGACAUUGUAUUAAAACGUACUGCGAAAUAAUCAUUCCUUUUAUGUUAUGUAUUUGUAUUUACCACUUUCAGUAAAGGCACGAAACUGUCUAACUAAACACAUGUACACAAUGAAAUAAAAAAUUAUAGUAAAGAUUAAUGCUUAUGCCUGACACUGAAUUGACAGAGAAAAAUUUACAGAUUUUUAAUACACAGUAUCUUUCUAUACAGUAUAUCUUUAGAAUACCAUAUGCAUUAUCCAGCAUUAUAGAGGGGUAAGGAAGAUGAUUUGGAAUGACAUUGACCUGGUUCUGUCAGCAGCAGUGAAUAUCAUAACACAGAAAGUAUGCAUCCUGGCUAAUAUUUCAUGGAAGGUAGAUAAAUACAAAUGAAACAAAGAACCAGCCAAAAAACAACCAGAAAACAGAAUGGCAAAAACCCCACCCUGAUUGUUUUAGAUGUUUAAACCAAACAGUUAAAUUACUGAACAGCUGAUAUUCUAGAAGAGCUGUGGAUUUUUAAAAUGAGUGUUUUUUAAAAACUGUUAAUACAAGCAAAAGGUAAUGUGAGCUCACAAAUUUAAUAUCUAUAAUAUGCCUGCAUCCAUAUCUAUAAUAUCCACCUGCAUCCUGUGGAUAAGUCCUUAUUUGUGUUUUAGAGCAAGUAUGUGUGCCCUUGAAAUUUCUUAUGUAUCUGAAAUCUCACUGCCUUCUGCCUACUGAUUUCAGAAUACUACUUAAUUAAAAUGUGCACCUUCAGCAUUUUAGAUAUUUCUAAUUAAAUUUUAAAGUAUUUUUCUUUAAUGCCCAGUAUGAAGGAAAAAAUCAACUUAAAAUAUUAAUAUUAUGUAAUUUAAUUCCAAUUUAAAAUAUUUUUUCUGAAAAUUAUUUUCCUAGACAAUGUUAAAGGAUCACAUAAAACAUUGUAUACAAGGUCAACAAAAAAAAUUUAUGGAGACAUACCUUAUGUUAGAUAAUACAAUACAGUAUUACAGUUAAAUUAGUAUGCAAUAAAAAUAGGUCCACUAGUAUUGCUUCUAUAUAUUUUUAUGACAGUUAUAACCUACUUUCAUGUAUUUCUGUAAUUUGUCCAAAAAACCCUAAUAAAUAGGCAAGAAAUAACUGCCUGCAAGAGAGAAUAUAGAAGGUGGGUUUCCUCGCUGCUCUGAAAUUCACCAAAGCAUAUUCAGUAGAGGGAACUGACAGUCUGCCUAUUAUGCAUAAUCCAAAUAGGAAUUUCACUGUUUACUUGCUUGUUUUCUCCUAUACAGAAACAAAACUUUGCAAACAAACAGCAUGCGUAUACAAACUACAUCCUAAUUAGAGUUCUGUAAUUUUUAACAAGUACUUUUAGCCUUUGGUCUUGCCUAAUUUCACAACAGAAAACAGACUGUGAUAUUAAUGUACUAAGAAUAUCAAGAGUGGUAACUUACAGUACAGGACUAAUGUUUAUAUAGUAGAUGCACUACGUUAUUUUUAUUAAAUAAAAUAAAUAUUUUUAAAGUCUUACCUCUUCAGCUGGUUACAAAGUAGAGGGUAUGAUGCUACAGCAUAAGCAGCACCUUUGUGCAUCUCCAAAUUAAACUUUCUAGAUUGCUGCUGAUCUACAUGAAAUGUGAGCUCACCUGCUUACGUAGCUCCAUUGAUUUUGACAACUUCAUGAAGGUCAGAUGUGGUUUAAAAGCUCUUUCUUCUCCUGCCAAGAUCCCCUUUUCUUGAAAUAUCUUCUUCAUAGUCUCUGAGGGGGGGAGAAGAGUGUAGAGGUACAAAGAUAUUACCUAAUAGAAUGCUUAAAAAUGUGCUUUCAACUGUAAUUUGAGUCACAGUUGCUUCUCAUGGGAGAAACAAGAUGAUGAGUACUAAAGGCAGGAAGAUUUCUAAUUAACUUCAAAGGUACAUAUUUUUUCAAAGGUAUAUAUUAUUUCAUGUGAAAAUGAUCUUACAUUUGCAGUUAAUGCAGGUCACAAAUUUGGCUUUACUAAAAUAAAAGCAAUUAGAAAGCUGUCCAUUUUUUUGGUCCAAAAGACCUGUCUGUUUUUGCUAUCAGAAUAAGAAUUCAAUAUUAGCCUUGUUCAAGAAUCGCUCUCACUAAAGUUUUGGGAACUUUACAAAAACUCUAAGUAUGUGACAGAAUUGUCUUUCUUCAGAAACAUUAUUCUGUAUUUGGGUAAUCUCCCACUCAGACCAAAGGAAAUUUGAAAGUUGAAAGCUCUAAGUGUGGCCCUGGAUUUAUAUGCCAGAAUUGGAAAACAUAUCAGGUAUGCUGAUGAAUUUUAAUUUGGGUUUUUAAGCUUCACUGUUGCCUUCUAAACUAAUUUCCUAUUUUUAAUAUACACUUUGAUCUGUGUACAGUCCAAGCCAAAGCAGCUCUACAACACUGACCUACUUUACUAUUUAUUUCCCAAUUUAUCUGCCCAAUAUAAUGUUUAAUUUCUUGGAAAUAAAUUUCAGUAUUACUCUUGAAUUUUGUUCCAUGUUGCCUUUAGCUAAAAUACUGCAUGUGAAAAAUUUCUGUAACAAUUUUGAAAACAGGUUUAGAUAAAAUUGAUUAAACCUGUGACAAAAACAAUACCGUUAAGUAGAAUAUUUCUAUUACUGAAAUCAGAAAAACUGAAAAAAAAAUUUUUUUUCUUUGCAAAUACAACUUUUAAUUUUUCACUUGCUGUAGGUCUAGCUGACUCAUACUAUCAAACUGAAAUUAAAAUGGGAAAAAAUAAUCCUAUCACAUAAAUUUAAUCAAAGCUUACCAUAACUGUGUAUUUUCAUUUAAGUGUAUUAUUUUUGGGCUUGAUAGUUCAACAGUGCUUUAUUCUCCCACCUGACAGAAACAGCAUUACACUGGGAAGUGAACAGCACAGCUGGCUUAAAAAAAAAAAUAGGGAAGGUCCAAGGAAGAAGAAUAUAGGCAUAUAAAGCUAUCUAGCAUAAGUCUGCCAGUUCACUCUCCUGUAACAUGUUCAUUCCAGAGUCCUUACUCCUACAAUUUUUUGCUUAUUUAAGUGAGCUGCUUUGAAAUCACAUUUAAGAGGAGAUUUUACAAGUUUAUGCAUUACUUUGCAACAUAAAAGUUCUAGAAGAAGCUCAGAGUAUUUACUUGGGACCUGGAGAUCAAAAUUCAUUUCUCUUUCUCUGUUGCCUAUGAUUUAUAACCUCAGGCUCCAUAGUCUAUGCAAAAGUUGGAAUUUCUAAAGAAGCAAAGGAAAUCAAUGAACCGGCCCACUUGAAAGCUUUUUUCAGCCUUCACUUCCCACCUAUAAGAUGCUGAUACAUUUUACAAAAAAGAAUUAGUCCAACUUCUUAUUCUAACUCAUAGGAUGCUGAAAGGACCACCUGAUUAAAACCUUUGUAACUUUUACACAAUGGCAAUAGGGAUCCUAUUACUAUGGUGAAUGCUGAAAAUAACACAAUGGUUGAGGUGGGAAGGGACUUCCUGAGGUCGUCUGGACCAACCUCCCAGCUAAAGCAGAGCCACCUAGAACAGGCUGUCCAGGACUAUGUCUGGAUGGGUUUUUAUAUCUCCAAGGAUGGAGACUUCACAACCUCCAUGGGCAACCUUUGCCAGUGCUUGGUCACCUUCACAGAGAAAAAAUGUUUUGUAAUGGUCAGAGCAACCCUCCUCCGUUCCAGUUUUGUGUCCAUAUUCUCUCUCUCUCUCUCUCUCAUCCCAUGUAUGUAUAUACAAGCAUAACUGCUAUAUAGAUAAAUACAUCUGGGUAUCUAAAUCUAUACAGCUACAUAUCUGUAGCUAUAGACUAACUAUAUACCUAUAGCUAUAGCUAUGUAUCUAUAGACAAGUACAGCCUACCCACUUCUCUUAUUUUGAAUUUUGUCUGCAGGAAACAUUUCUAAAUUUAUACUGAAUCCCCACUAAGCUACUGUGCAGCUGUGCACACAAAUGCUGCUGAAUAAUGAUUAACAUAUCAAAGCAGAAGAAUACAAAUACCCAUUUGCUGCUUUUUCAAAAUGAGAUAUGGAAGUUCAAAUAAGUCGAUUUAGUUAUGGUGUGUGUGUAUUUCUAUGCAUCCAGCAGCCUGCUUAUUUUCUGAUGUUAGAAAGUUAAUAAAAUGUUACAGUUAUUUAAAACUGAAAUUAUCUGUAAUAAAGCCAUUUUCUGGUUCCUG